AACCGGCUGAGAUGCCAGGACCUCGGCCUGAAAACCCACUUGGACCAACUGGACCAGCAGAUCAGUGAGCUGCAGCUCGACGUGUGCAGGACGUCCACCGAGGGCCCCGACGGCGACAGUCGGCCCAGCUCAGGCUUCUACGAGAUGAGCGAUGGCGGCUCCUGCUCCCUGUCUGCCUCCUGCACGUCCGUGUGCAGCGAUCGCCUGUCCUCCUCCCUGGGCACUUUGCUGCCCGGCGCCCCGCAGGCCAGGACCAGCGCAGGGGACUGCCGGCCCUGGUCGGCCGAUGACAGCACCAUGUGCGGGGGGCCCCUGUCCGUGUGGGGACUUCAGGCCACCGAGGAUGGCGCGGGCCCCUCACGGCCCAGGCCCGUGUCCACAGGUGACCUCGAGAGAGUCCCCCUGGCCGGGGCGGGGCCCCCGACGGCCGGCGUUGACGCCAUGUCCACGUUGCUUCUCCGCCGCGGGCUAGGCCCCCUGCCCCUCAGGCUGGACCCCAAGUACCAGCGUGACCUGGUGUCCAAGGGGGGCAGGGAGGUGUACCUCUACCCCAGCCCCCUGCAUGCGGUGGCUCUGCAGAGCCCCCUCUUUGCUCUGCCCACGGACACCCCUCAGAGGGACAGCCCCCCGCAACCCUCCAGCCAGCCCCUUCCUGGCCACUCAGGGCCACGCCCCAUCCGGAUGGGACCGCUCCCCGAGGCUGGCGCAGCCAGAGCCUACAUAGACAAGCUGCUUGGACGGCGGGGCCCAGGGCACACCCCAAGGGGCCGUGUGGGUGAGCAGGGACCCCCAUCCCAGAGAGCAGAGACUGAGCGUCACCCAGACGGGCUGACCUGCUCCCCAAGAAGAGCAGACGUGGGAGGGGGGGCUCUGAGGAGGGACACAGGUGGGAAUAGCCUUGAGCAGCGGGGACCUGCGCCCUGUGGGAGCCCCCCGCCCCCCAGCAGCCUUCCGGAGGAGGGACAGAGACCCCCCCGUAACUGCGUCCAUGCGGGGACCAUUCAGGGCUCCCUCAGCUGGGGGGGUGCACUCCCGGGCUCAGCAGGCCGCUCCUACCAGCUGGGAGGGCACAGCAGGCUGUCCAUCAGGACGGGGCCUGGGGCCCUAUGUGCACCCCCAUUCUGUUGUAUUAGCUUUGAGCCAACGGGGCUGCGAACGGGCCAGAGGCCUGGCCCCCCCACCACAAAGGCUGUGAAGAUGGGGAGGAGGGCCAGCAACAGGGCACCGAGGCCAGGGAGGCAGCCGCCACCCGGGGGCGCCGUCCUGGCCCCCCAGCUGCCCCCCACAUGGGGCGCUGGACUUUGGAAAAGGGCCCCCCAGGCCAGGGAGCCCCCCGGCCGGUCCUGCUCCGAGUGCAGCCUCUACCCAGUGUCCUUCCUCGUCCCCCUGCUGGUGGCCCGCCGGGAAGGCCACGGGGCGUCCGCCCAGGCCUUGUUCCCCCGGGAGGAAGCCCCUGGGGUGGCCGGCAGGGCGGCCCGGCAGAGGCAGCGCAGGUGGCGGUCGUCCGUGGAGAUCUCAGCCCGCGCCCGCCUGCCUGGCGCCCAGGGCCCUGGUCUGGGGCCCCCAAGGCCGGCCUCGCGGAGAGGGGGUGGCCCGCGGCCUGCGUGCUCCCGGGCCAGGCUCAGGCCGCCCCACAGGCACCCGCAGGUCAGGAGCGAGUCUGGCUCCGAGCACUCGGCCGAGUGUGCCUUCCUCUUCCACUCCACCAUCACCGAGACCAGCGAGGUCAGGGCCAGCGACCACACGGCCGGCCGCUUCGGGGACCCGGAGUCCAGUGGCAGCAACGCAGAGGGUGGUGUCCAGGACGUGGGCAGCCGGCCGGCCUGGCCUGGGAUGAGCCCCCCCCAGCCCCAUCGCACCCCUGGCUCCCGGCCACCCCUGUCCCCGGUGCCCAAGCUCUGCCACAUCAAGGCCUCCAAGGCCCUGAAGAAGAAGAUCUGCCGGUUCCAGCCCACUGCGCUGAAGGUCAUGACCCUGAUGUGAGCCUGCUGCGCUGAAGGUCAUGACCCUGAUGUGAACAUGCUGUGCUGAAGGUCAUGGCCCUGGUGUGAACCUGCUGCACUGAAGGUCACGACCCUGGUGUGAACAUGCUGUGCUGAAGGUCAUGACCCUGGUGUGAACCUGCUGUGCUGAAGGUCACGACCCUGGUGUGAUCCAGCUGCACUGAAGGUCAUGACCCUGGUGUGAAUAUGCUGUGCUGAAGGUCAUGACCCUGGUGUGAACCUGCUGUGCUGAAGGUCAUGACCCUGUGUGAGGCCAGGCAACCCGACCUGUGUUCCAGAAGCCGUCCUCCUGAGGAUCAGGAGGGAGGGUGUGACAGGCUCAGAGGGCCGAGGACAAAGUCCAGCGUGUUCGCCUAUUUACUGUGCGGAUGUGGGUUCUCCCAUGUUGUUGCCAAUUUGUGGCCUGAAGUUCCGCUUGGAAAAGCCGUCACCCCCGGAGUGGAGGGAGGAGCAGGUGCCAGGCUGGGCGGAGGGUCCCCGAGCCCCGGGCGCCUCCCCAACCUGUCAGAUAUCAGAGAACACAAGCUGUGGGGUCUCACGAGCCGCCUGCAGACACGGACUCGCCCAGGCAUCCAGGCGUCUGCCGCCACCACCUUGGUCCUGCUCCCGUCUCUGCAAAGCAUCUUCCUUGGGGCUCGGCGGCCGGACACCUGUGGGAAACUGGGCGGAUGGGACCCCAUGUCCGUCUCAGGUGAAUAAACCCAGGAUUUGCCGUU